GAGGGAGGGCCAAGCCUUGAUUUUGUAGAUCUUUAGUUCUUGACCCCACCACACACGAUUCAACCAUAUCGUAGUUCAGUCACCCCAAUAGUCUUCAUCUCUUCACGACUCCACCUCUUCCCAAACAAAAUAAUUUUGGGUGAUUUUCUGCCAUAAGAGAAAUCUUGUGUUCGUUCAAUGGCGGCAAACACUGAUGAUUUGGACGAGCUUUUAGACAGUGCUUUGGAUGAUUUUCAAAGCCUUAAUGUCACUUCAUCUCAAAGAAAUGAGGAGAAUGAGGAAAAAGAAGAGAAAUUGUCUUUGCCCACAAAUGUACAAGGGUUAGGGUUAGGGUUGCCUGAUUUGAAAUCCAAAAAAAAGGGUAAACAAAAGGCUAAUAAUCCUAAUCCUAAAGAAUCUCAUGUUAAUGAGACUCUUGAUAAGCUUAGGCAGCAGACAAGGGAGGCAGUUAAGAAUAUGGAGUCAAUUUCCGGGACACCGAAAGCGGGUGAUGAUUUGGGUAAGGAUGCAAUGAUGGAGGAAUGGGUUAAGCAAUUUGAGGAGAUGGCUGGUUCUCAGGAUAUGGAGUCCAUUGUGGAGACAAUGAUGCAGCAGCUCUUGUCCAAGGAUAUCCUGUAUGAGCCCAUGAGGGAAAUUGGAGAAAGAUAUCCAACAUGGUUGGAGGAGCAUAAAUCUACUUUGAGUGAAGAAGAUUAUAAUCGUUACUCUCACCAGUACAAGCUUAUACAGGAGCUGAAUGGAGUGUAUGAUAGUGACCCUGGUAACUUCACCAAAAUUGUGGAGCUCAUGCAGAAAAUGCAAGAAUGUGGCCACCCACCAAAUGAUAUUGUGCAUGAGCUUGCUCCCGACUUUGAUCUAUCUACUCUUGGCCAACUAUCACCAGAAAUGCUGGAAGCUCAACAAAAUUGCAGUAUUAUGUGAAUGUGAGAUCGACACAAUAGCUUUUUGUUUUGUAUUUCAGUUAUUUUCUUCCAAAUGUUUAUUGACAGUAUUUGUGCCUGAAACAUUUAUUCUGUAACUAAGUUUCCCAUUAUUUGACAGAAAAAUUUCAUAUCCUGAUUCUUUUGACUGAUUAGAAACACUAAGUUCUAUAUCUAAUAAACUUCAUGCAUGCACUCCAAAGUUGUAUUUCUGUUUGCUUUAGUGUUUGACAAUCUGGAAUCCAACAACUUGGACGCAUCUUGGGUUAGAUUGGUAAUGUUUUAAGUGAGAGGCAGAAGGGAGUCAAAGUCGGCUGUAGUGCCCAUUUUGAAAAUAGACCUGCUUGCCACAAUCAAUUUGUAGCUGAACCAAUCUGGAAAAUGCAUUGUGUUACAUCUGUACUCCGUCAUGAGCAGUCGAGCAGAGUUCAUGGAAUGCCCUGUAUUGGGCGUAUUCCAUGGCUGCUGUGCCAUGCUGAUGCCAGCACGGUCAUUGCGUAUAGUUAUAUUUGUAUGAAGAACAUCGAAAACUAUAUGUAUUAGCUUCUUGCUGAGAGCUAUAAUGAAUUUUCUGUGAAGAUUAGGAGUAUUGUUUGCACUUUGAUGUACCUUGUAUAUGUGAAGUAUUUCCUAGAAGGCAUUAGAUUGUCAAACUAUAUGCAUUAGCUUCUUGCUGAGAGUUGUUAUAUGGAGUAAUGAAGCUUCCUUGAAGAUCAGGGGUACUGUUUGCACUUUGAUGUACCUUGUACUCCUAUAUGUAAGGUAUAUAAGCUGAAGGCAUGUCUGAUGUUUAUAAUGCUUUCGGCAUCAGAAGCUUCAUUCCUAGUCAGUAAUCAUUGUCAAGUUCAAUUGUUCUAAACGUUUUGAUGAUGAUGUAGUUUAUGGAGGUUAAUAACAAAAGCUUUCAAUUGCUGAUCUAA